GCCGCUGUCCCCCGCCCUGACCCACCCGCUCCGACGAUGCCCACGAGCCGGAGCCGGUCCCGGGUCUCCUCCUCUAGCUGACCCCAGCAGGUGCCGGUGUGGCUCCCGAGGUUCGCGGGCGUCCGCGGAACAGGCCCCUGACAUUUAUGGGAUCCCAGACCAAGAAGGCCCUGCUAACACCCCUCAUGCACCCUGCUCGCCCUUUCCGGGUUUCCAACCAUGACCGAAGCAGCCGGCGUGGGGUGAUGGCCAGUAGCCUGCAGGAGCUCAUCAGCAAGACUCUGGAUGCCCUGGUCAUCACAGCUGGGCUGGUCACAAUGGUGCUGGAGGAGGACGGCACCGUGGUGGACACGGAGGAGUUCUUCCAGACCCUGGCAGACAACACACACUUCAUGAUCCUGGAGAAGGGACAGAAGUGGACGCAGGGUGCCAAGUACGUUCCGGUCUGCAAGCAGCCGAAGAAAUCCGGAAUUGCCAGAGUCACCUUCGACCUCUACAAGCUGAACCCCAAGGACUUCCUCGGCUGCCUCAACGUGAAGGCCACCAUGUACGAGAUGUACUCGGUGUCCUAUGACAUCCGGUGCACGGGGGUCAAGGCCACGCUCAGGAGUCUGCUGCGGUUCCUGUCCUACACUGCCCAGGUGGUGGGACAGUUCCUCGUCUACACAGGCACUUACAUGCUCCGAGUCCUGGGGGACACGGAAGAGCAGCCUUGUCCUAAGUCACCCACCAGGGGCUGGUUCGUGAGCAGAUAGACCCAGCUGCACAGGAACCGGCUGUCCUCUGCCCCAAACCCACCCUCGGAUGACAGAUUGCAAAGAUGCUCUUGUGUUAUUUGCCACGUGUGCCUGUGCUGCUAGGCACUGCUGCUCGGGAGUGACAUGGGGGAGGAACAGCUCAACACCUCAGGCCUGGGGUGGGCAGUAGGGUGCCCUGGAGGGUAGGAGAGAUGGAGGGGCCCCUGUGGGCCUCCGAAGGAACCAACGGUGUGUCUGGAGCUGUGAGUGAGCAGUGGACCCCUGGGAGUACCUACCUGCUGCAAUAAACCAUCACACAAA